AAAUUAAAAAUGUCGGAAAAUAAUGAAAUAUUUAUAGAAACUGUGAGAAGCUAUGUGUUUUUGUAUGACACUACACAUGAACAUUAUAAGAAUAUGUUGAAGAAAAGUGAAGCAUGGAACGAAAUAGCAAAAACUCUCAACAUGACUGCUGAAUCAGCAAAACAAAAAUGGAAGAAUUUACGUGAUUCCUACGUGAGAUACAAGAAGUUUACAACGGGUAAAACUGGUCAGGCCAAGAAAUACCAUAAGUGGCCUUGGAGUAUCCAUAUGAAAUUUUUGGAUUAUACUCUUAAACCACGUUUGCAUAGUAGCAAUGUACCAACAGAAAUCUUAUCAGAAACUGAAGAUAGUCAGUUCUCUGAAGCAGAGAAUUUGUUGAUGUCUGAUGAUACCCAAGAAACAAAUGCAUCUCGCGAACGAUCUUCAACACCUUUACGAACACCAGCCCGACCAAAAGAAAAAAAAAAUAAGUCCCGUAGUCACCCAUCAAUAGAAAACGGCUCAGAUGACGUCGAUAAAGUCAUUGACUUCUUGUCAAACAAAAGAAGCAAACAGGGCAUCGAUGAUGUUGAUCAUUUAUUUUUGAGUUAUGCUGCGACCUUCAAAAAAUUCAGUCCAUUGACUCAGGCCAAGUUGAAGGUAGAGCUUGCCAAAUUAUUUGCAGAAACUGAAAUUAAAGAGCUAGAAGCCCAAUCACCACCAGCGAUAGAGGCAUCAGCAUCACAUUCUCGAGCUUCUUCGGUCAAUUCUUUACAUUAUUUGGACCACAACUAUUGCGGGACAUCGCAACAUUUGGACCCCAAUACUCAAACACAAAUAUAUAGCGAAAGAUCGUCAUGCCAAUCAAAUCUUUUUUUCAACAAAAGAUGUUUAUGA